AACUUUGUUGGGGUAAUGCUCACUCCGCCGCCGUCAAGACUGUAGAUGCGAAGAAGCAAGUUCAGGGAUGCGUAUGCAUAGUUAGUUACUGAGGAGGAGAAUCAGGAUCUAAGUCCCUCCAUGCUUGUCAUAAUAUAAAAGUCCAAGUUUGUGUUGUAUAUUUUAGAACAAGGAGAUGAUGCGUUUCAAAGAGGAGAAAGAAGCCAAGAAAGAAGCUUUCAGGAAGUAUUUAGAGUCUAGUGGAGUUCUUGAUUCUCUCACCAAAGGUCUGGUUGCUUUGUAUGAGCAGAAUGACAAACCUUCCUCUGCUUUAGAGUUCAUUCAGCAAAAGCUAGGAGGUCCUUCAGUCUCUGACUAUGAGAAGCUUCAAGCUGAGAAAUCUGAUCUUCAAAUAAAAUACAACGAGCUUUUUGCUAAACAUCAAGAAACGUUGAGAGAGUUAGAUGGAAUGAAGAGCUUGCAUUCACGAAACUCUUCAAAAGAUGAUGAAGACAGAGAGGCCAUUGAAGAAGAUGAACACACUGCCCUUGUGGCUCUUCCUCACCACUAAAUUGUUUAUUGUAUAUGUAAUUCUCAUUGCGACAUUUCCAUUCUCCUGAGUGUCAUUUUGCUUUCCAAUACGCACUUAAGAACCAAAAGAAAAAAAAAGGUAUAAAUUUAUGAUUAAAGGUUUGUCAUCAGUGUUCAUUUGCAUGAUGAUGUAGCAACUUAUUUGGGAAAAUAACUGUAGUGUGAUGAUUAUGAACCAGCAACUGGCUGUUGUGAAAAUCUGAUGUAUCCAAUUCUGUUUGAGCACAAUAAGAUGUGUGAAUAAGUUGAUGGGUCUUAAUGCGUUUUGAUUGGUCUCAAUGAACCGAGAAUGAUCUGGUCACCAACAAAUCAUUUGUACAAAAGCAUUACCGAUACAAGCUUUCCAGGUUCCCCUUUUAUUCGUGUAAUCUGGUUUCUUGUGAAUGUGAUCAAGUGUUCCAUCUUGUGUA